CGACAAUUGUCAACUUAUUCAACUGCAAGUCUUCACUUGAACCACAUCACGUUUCUUUCUGGAACCUUUCAGUCUUUUUUAGUCCUUUAUAAGUUACUCCGUUUCGAAACCAUGAAUUCUCAAAUAUUCCAAAUUGCUACAAUCCUGCUUCAAUUUUGGACACAGGCUUCGCUAUCAGAUCCAAAUAUUAUUAAAAUCUUGGGACAGAACGGAAGCUGGUGGGCGGAGGAGGGCACCGAGUAUGACAUUUCUAAUUGCAAUUCUUCCCUUACCCACACACGAGAUGGAAAUAUUACCAAACUUACUAUGAACGGAAAGUGUGCCAACUUUUAUGCGGCGGAGAACUGUUCGGGAUGGUUUAUUCGUCUCGUCACGAACCAACUGGGUGGCCUGAUCUUCAAGCCGGAAACGUUCCGCUGGCCUGGUGGCGAAAUUUCAAAGUCUCAAAUGCAGGCUGCAUCUGUGGGGCCGUGUUUCGACAAGUGCGAUGCUCGUAAUUGGUUGGGCGACAAGAAAGGCUUGGUUAAAGUCACAUUGUAUGAGGGGACGAGACAUCAAGGAACCAACACGACAAUAAUUAUUGACGGGGAUGGUUGUUUCCUGAUUCCACGCGAGCUCGUGGGUUUCGAAUCCAUCAAAAUAUCCGGGGAUGAAAAUUGCUGCAUUGAGCUUCACAGCUCGGCAAAUUGUGGCACAGACUCCACUCAAUUUCGACCCGGAUAUCCGGAAUUGAGUCACUUGUGGGUGUGGGGUUUGGGCGGAGAACGAACAUUUGCGUCCAGUGCUAAAGCGAUAUCUCGAUGCGGAGUUUAUUGCAAUAAAUCGGUUUCAGAUGUUAAUCGCAUUGGUGAAUAUGGCUUCUUGGGUGACAACAUCAUCACCGUGUAUGAUCAGCCAGGAUAUUAUGGUCAUGUUACGUACCUCAAUCUUAGUUCUGGCUGUGUCACCCUAAACGCAACGGAUGAACAUUACUCGAUCCAAACGUACGGAAAAUGCGUCGUCCUCUACGAGGAGCCUAAUUGCACAGAAAGGAAAGGGUCUUACACCCUUCAAACUAGUGGACAAGGUGAGGAGUACUACAUUGAGAAACUGCUGACUGGGACGGCCCCACUGGUUCUUAAAUCGGUCAAGUUGUGUGAUCAGAAUCUUCAAGCAAUCAAGAAGGGGGAGCACGUUGGCGAAACUGUGAAAGAUUCUUCAUCAUCCAUCCCAACGUGGGGGAUAAUCUUGUUCUGUGUGUCGCUAUUUAUUAACUUUAUUGGGGGUGUAUCAUACGGAGUCAAGUGGUAUAAAACAAAUAAGCGAAGUGGGGAUGACAUUCAAGUUCUGUAUAAAUCGGGAUCCUAAUUUUUAAGAAAUUCAAAUGUUAGUAAAUAAGUUGUUGUCGAAUAAUAUGAUACGUCAUAAAAUAUUUAUUUGUUAUGUUGAUAUUUCGAAAUAUUUUAUAAUAUGUAUUUUUAAUAUGGAAUGAAUCAAUGAAUUGAGUGAAAAAGACCAUUUUUUAGAAAUUUAAAUAAACUAAACUAAUUAGGAAACAUUUUUAUUGUACAUAACGUACUCAAUAAACUAUGAAAUAAGUAGAGUA